AUCCUAUUUCAGGUUCUUCAAACUUUAUGUUAAUCGUGAUAACUUACCAAUGCAUAGGCUAGUCUAAAAUGUUUUCAAAAUAUUUCUCGAUAACAUAAUAUGUGUUUUAAUACUUGUUCUUUUCAUCAUGACUACUCAAUUGAACAAUCCAACAAUCAUUUGUGUUUUGUUUAUUAAUAUUUUAGGUUAUGUCACAAGUUAACCAUAACCAUCUAAUUACUCAGAUAACUCGUUUUAAAUUAGAUUUACAAUGAGUCUUCAGGUUGAGGGGACCAAUGACUCCAGCUGCCUGUCAAAAUUCUCGGCCACACAAAGAGGCUAUUUUAGUGAUGAGUUUUUGCAGCAUUUUGUGAGCAAAUGUCCUAGAAGAGCACCCCUGAUUCAUCUGGGGUAUUCUGUAAGAGCAGCAAUCAUAAACUCAUUGAUAGAAGAAUACGUGGAAUCUGAAAGCUCUCCUAAGCAAAUUAUCUCCUUUGGUGCCGGUUUUGAUACGUUAUAUUUCAAACUGAAGAAGAAAUAUCGAAACAGAGAUGUCAGAUAUUAUGAGUUUGAUCUUCCAAGAGUUGUUGAGCGGAAAAUCAAAUGUAUCAAAGGAUCGGACAAACUUAGCAGUAUUAUCAAGGAAUUCACAGUGAACGCUGAUGGUUUAUCCAGUAAGGAUUACAAGCUGCUGGCUGUAGACUUGCGGGUUGUGGAAGCGUUGUCAGACAUGCUUCAAAAGUACAGUUUUGACCCUGAGGUUCCCACAUUGUUUCUCUCUGAGUGUGCCAUCACAUAUUUGGAAGAAGAAAAGUCGACAGAUCUGAUCAGGUUUGCUAGCAGCCUGAAGAAUGCAACGUUUAUCACCUACGAGCAGCUCCACCCUGACGAUGGAUUUGGCCGAGUCAUGUUACGCCACUUUACCUCACUCCAGAGUCCACUCAUGUCGGUGGAGCAGUACCCCACCCUAGAGCUGCAGACAGAACGGUACACUAGGAAUAACUGGGACCACUGUACCUGCCUGACUGCAUUGGAGGCCUACAAGAGUUUAAUACCUGAACGGGAACGAUCAGGAGUUCUAUCUUUAGAACCGUUCGACGAGUGGGAAGAAUUUUACCUCAAGUGUAUGCAUUAUACUAUUGUGAUUGCUUCAAAAGGAUCUCUUUCCAACUGGUCUAAGAUCUGCAGUAAAAUAUCCUUAAACAGAGUAAAACAUCAGAUGAAUAAUCUCACCUGGACAUUAGUAAAAGCAAAAAGAGCAUGUCGAUACGGCCAUAAUCUCGUUAAACUCAACGGCCAUUACGUUCUAAUUGGAGGGUUUGGCCUGAGGAAAGAUGGCACUCACGGAAGGAUGAAGGAUAUAGUUUGGUUGAAACAGGAGGAAUCGCAAAUGAUUGUUUCAAGAGAUGUAGAAGUCGCUGAGUUUGCCACAAUGUACUCAACCUGGACUUUGUUGUCUAACGGAAGCUUCAUUGUGUACGGAGGAAGGACUUCGCCAGCGAAUUGUGUGUUUUCGUGUCCUCAGUUAGUGACAUUUCAGCCGGACGGAAGUGUGAAGAGCACGCUGCUAUUGAACAGCUGUAAUCGUCUCGCAAGAUGGAGACAUUCAGCAGUGGUAGUUGAGAGGGAAGCAGUUGAAACAUUCCUCGUGUUCGGUGGAAGGACGAGUGACCUACAGUUGCUGAAUGAUACUUGGAUGGUGUUACUACAUCCAAAUGUAGAGGACAGAAAAAUCAUUGAUGUUGAUGAAUUUUCAUCCAAAAAGCCUUGUCCAAGAUUUUCCCAUACAGCAUGUGUAAGACACUGUGAGAUGUGGGUGUAUGGUGGAAUGUCUGUCAGAGGUCCGUUAUCUGACGCUUGGUGUCUGGAUAUCAACGCAAUGCAGUGGCGACAGCUGGAAGUGACAGGUGGCAACAUAGCAAGGUUCGGUCACUCGGCCAGUGUUCACGAUCACUCGCUAGUGUUGGUUGGAGGUGUUAGUUACUGGGACAGUGGUCAACCUCCGGUGUCAGUGUUGGAUCUUCACACUGGCGCAAUACUUCACUACCAGCUACCGGGCAUGGAACCUGAGAGAUCCCUGCUUGUUAUCAACCAUUGUCACAUGGUUUCAGAAGAAGACAAAGCUAUUGUGAUUGUUGGUGGAGGGGGAAAUUGUUUCUCCUUUGGCACGUUCUUCAACUCAGACUGCGCUGUGAUAAAACUUAAAGAUAUAAACCUCUGA